UUUUGACACAUUUCGCAAGCGAGAGUUAAGUGGUGCGCACAUGUCCAGUAGCAAGGGAUUCAUUUGAUUGAGUUUAAAUUGAAAAAAAAAAAAUGAAUUUCAUCGAAAUUGUUUGAAGAAAUUUGUCAAAAAUAAAAAAUUAACUCUUCAAAAAAAUUAAUAUCGAUUAUUGAUUUAAACGCGAUUCGAUCGGAUGAUAAAGAAAAAUGUCCCAUCAUACAGCCGACAAGCGGAAAAAUAUGAGCAAACAAUAUUUGAAUUUCGACACUUCUGAUGUUGUUUUCAUUUGUGGAAAUGAUGAUAAUCAUAAGGAAAGUGUACCAGCGCAUAAAUUUGUAUUGUUCACCCACAGUGAUGUAUUCGAAAAAAUGUUCCACGGCAGCUUACCGGAAGAAGAUGCAGUUGAAAUCACAGACACUUCACCAGAUGGAUUUCGCGCAUUUCUCCGUUAUUUCUAUUUCGAUGAAAUGAACUACAAUAUCAGCAUGGAAACGAUUGGUGAAACGAUGUAUUUAUGCGAAAAAUACAAUGUCAAUGGACUAUUUGAGAGCUGCUGUCAAUACCUGCAACAAGUGGACACACCAAAGCAUAUUCUGAUUGGCUAUGGACUGGCAAUCACAUACGAACUUGAUUACUUGGCCGAAAUACUCAAAUGGAAAAUACUCCAACGAGGCGAAGAGAUUUUUGCUUGCGACUACAUCCGCUCCGUAAGCGAAGAUUUUUUGAAAUGCAUCCUACAAAUCAAAUACAUAGAAAUCUAUGCAAAAAAGAUUUUUGACGUUUGUUUGGCUUGGGCAGAAGGUGCGUGUAAUGCAGCGAAUGUCGAUCCAAAUGUUAUGCAGAACCGUCGUGAUCAAUUGAAUGGUUUUUUUCAACACAUCCAAUUUGGCGCAAUGACUCGUGAUGAAAUCGUUCGAAUUGUUUUGUCAUUUGGUGAACUCUUCACCGCGCAAGAGCUUCGACGUUUCAUUGUUAUAACAGCAGCCAAAUUUCCGACGCCAUUUAAUCAAGACGAAAUGAUCAACUACAAAAUUGGCCGAGCUGUUAAAAGAUCCACAUCAAUUCGACGUGAUAAAAUGGAAGAGCUUCAUUUCAAUGCACAAUACAAAACACUGUUGGGCGGAAUCGAAAUAGGAACAAUUUUUGAUACAUUUUCUAUUGUUCAUCAAAAAAUAAUUUCCGGAGUGGUAAGUGUCGUGAAGAUUUCACCGAAUCGAGAUCAGUGUACGGACAUCGUACUUUUACAAGGCUCAUUCAAAGUUUCUGCCAUCAACUAUGCCAAGGAUCAUGUCUUCGAGAAUAAUAAAAUACUAUUUCCAGAAGCCAUCAUCAUCGAACCACAUUUCAAGUAUGCCAUACAGUUGACGUUCUUCGGCGGAUCGAACCCCACCGAUUCACUUUUCCAUUUGCGAACUACUUCUCUGUCGGAACCAUCCCUAUUUCGUAUUUGGCCAGAGGACACAAACUGCGAAAUCAUUUCGGGCUUACUUUACAAUAGACUUAAUACACAAUAAUUCUAGAUUAUUGGUUAUUUGAAGACUAAAUUGGGUACAAAGUGGAUUAAACUUGAAAAAAAUGUACCAUGUUAAAGUUAUCAGUUGUGAUUAUUACAAGAAAAUAUUGUAAUUGAAACGUUAAAAAGUAAAAAUAAUUCCAAAAAAAGUCCAAUUUAAUUUUAGUAU